GCCCUGGUCUUAUGACCCAGUCCCCUAAACGUUGUCACCCCGUUUCUGGUUCUGGUCACAGCAGAAAUUUCCAACUGGAAGGGGAAUGGAGACUAUGGGACCUAGGAGCAAGAGGUUUCAGGCUGCCUCACUCCCUUACCAUAGCCAUUGACAGUGGGAAAAGCCUACACUUCCCCCUUCAAAGAAUAUUGGCAGAGAAACCGCCCUGGUGUUCCAGCAGCAGCGAAGAGGAACAGGAAAGCAAAUGGCAGUAGCCCUGAGACGGCCGCUUCUGGUGGUUGCCAUUCAUCUGAGGCUGUGAGUCUUGCCUGGACAGGCUUUUGGGGACAGGGGGCCCAAGGAGCAGUAGAGGGCAAUCGUUAAGAUUGUGGAUGGACUGUUGGGUACUGGUGAAGGAUUCUGGAUUUGGCCGGGCACGGUGGCUCACGCCUGUAAUCCCAACACUUCGGGAGACCAAGGCAGGUGGAUCACAAGGUCAGGAGAUCGAGACCAUCCAGGCAAACACGGUGAAAUACUAAAAAAUACCAAAAAAAAAGCCGGGCGUGGUGGCGGGCGCCUGUAGUCCCAGCUGCUCCGGAGUCUGAGGGAGGAGAAUGGCGCGUGAACCUAGGAGGCGGAGCUUGCAGUGAGCCAAGAUCACGCCACUGCACUCCAGCCUGGAAGGCAGAGAGAGACUCCGUUUCAAAAAAGAAAAGAAUUCUGGGUUUGAAUCCUGCCUCUCCGUCUGCUAGGGAUAUGAUUUAGGGCAAGUUGCCUGAGCUCUUUGGGCCUCUGUUUUCACGUCUGUAUGAUAGAGGUGGUAUUGUUUGACUUGUAUUUGUGAAGUUUAAAUGAGAUUUAUAAUUGUCGAUUUUAUGUUAAUCCCUAGUACAUGGCCUGCUGUCAACACCCAGGACACCCAGGAUAUGGUCUUUGCUGUUUGAUUUUCCUCAUCCCCAGUCUCAAGGGGAAGCCAGGACAAUGAGAACAGCCACUUCCCAUCAGGAGUCACUGCAAGGGCCCCAGGGUGGGAUGGUGGGGAGAUGAGAACCAUGAGAGAAGUUGGCACAAAGGAGUUAUGGGACAAAGGGUCCAAGAUAGGCAGAAAAGAAAAUGUUGCCAGUUGAUGGGGAAGAAAGGAAGUCGGAGGGCUCAGACACUGAGGGGGACAGAACAUCUCCAUGUGCACUCUCAUCUCUUAUAGUCAGCAACAGGUAUCCAUGGGUAGGGCCCUACAUCAUCUGCUACCCUGAAGGAUCUGGAGGUAGGAGGCUCUGGGCGGAGGUGCAGUGACCCCGCAGGCCAGCCCUCCAACCUCCUCCCGCAGCGGAGACUGGGUGCCCCUCUGCCAGCUGAGACAGCCCACACACAACCCAGCCCUAAUGAUCGUUCUCUCUACCUCUCCCCCAAGUCCUCCUCCGCCUCCUCCUCUCUGCAUGCGCCUCAGAGCCCGUGCCAAGAACAAGCAGCAGUCCUGGACUCGAGGUCCAUAAAAAUCAGUCGACUGAAUGACACCAUCAAAUCUUUGAAACAACAGAAGAAACAAGUGGAACAUCAGCUGGAAGAAGAAAAGAAAGCAAACAAUGAGAAACAGAAAGCUGAAAGGGAGCUAGAGGGUCAAAUCCAGAGAUUGAACAGAGAGAAAAAGAAACUAAAUACGGACCUGUAUCACAUGAAACAUUCUCUCAGAUACUUUGAAGAAGAGUCCAAGGAUCUGGCCGGCCGCCUGCAACGUUCAUCGCAGCGUAUAGGAGAGUUAGAGUGGUCUCUCUGUGCUGUCGCCGCCACACAGAAGAAGAAGCCGGAUGGGUUCUCGAGCUGCAGUAAAGCACUUCUCAAGCGGCAGUUAGAGCAGUCCAUACGGGAGCAGAUACUGCUGAAAGGACACGUGACACAGUUGAAGGAGUCGCUUAAAGAAGUCCAGCUGGAGAGAGAUCAAUAUGCUGAACAAAUAAAAGGAGAGAGGGCCCAGUGGCAGCAGAGGAUGAGGAAAAUGUCGCAGGAGGUUUGCACAUUGAAGGAGGAGAAGAAGCAUGAUACGCAUCGGGUAGAGGAGCUGGAGAGGAGCUUGUCCAGACUCAAAAACCAGAUGGCUGAGCCACUGCCCCCGGAUGCCCCAGCAGUGUCCUCUGAGGUGGAGCUGCAAGACCUGAGGAAGGAGCUGGAGAGAGUGGCAGGAGAGCUCCAGGCUCAGGUGGAAAACAAUCAGUGCAUCAGUCUCCUGAACCGUGGGCAAAAGGAGAGGCUUCGCGAGCAGGAGGAGAGGCUUCAGGAGCAGCAGGAGAGGCUUCGGGAACAGGAGAAGAGGCUUCAGCAGCUGGCCGAGCCACAGAGCGACUUGAAGGAGCUGAACGAGAACAAGAGCGCACUGCAGUUGGAGCAGCAAGUAAAGGAGCUGCAGGAGAAGCCGGGCCAGGUGACGGAGACGCUCACCUCGGCCGAGAAGGAGCCAGAGGCAGCAGUCCCAGCCUCAGGGACUGGGGGCGAGUCUAGCGGCCUUAUGGACCUCCUGGAGGAGAAGGCGGACCUGAGGGAGCAUGUGGACAAACUGGAACUUGGAUUCAUCCAGUACCGGAGAGAGAGAUGCCAUCAGAAAGUACAUCGCCUUCUAACAGAGCCAGGGGACAGUGCCAAAGAUGCGGCACCGGGAGGAGGCCAUCAUCAGGCUGGCCCAGGACGAGGAGGAGAGGAAGGUGACGCUGCUGGAGCUGCAGGAGAUGGUGUUGCGGCUUGUGGCAACUACAGCGAGGGGCACGGCAAAUUCCUGGCCGCUGCCCGGAACCCUGCUGCUGAACCCAGUCCAGGAGCCCCAGCCCCCCAGGAGCUCGGGGCUGCCAACGAGCGUGGUGAUCUUUGUGAGGUGAGCCUCACCAACAGCGUGGAGCCUGCACAAGGAGAAGCCAGGGAGGGUUCUUCCCAGGACAAGCCUACUGCACAGCCAAUCGUGCAGCUCCUUGGUGAGAUGCAGAACCACCAGGAGCACCCAGGCUUGGGCAGCAACUGCUGUGUGCCAUGCUUUUGCUGGGCUUGGCUGCCGAGAAGGAGGAGAUAAACACCACCAUCAUCAAAGAGCUGCUCAAGAAAUUUUUAAAAACAAAACAAAGUUAUGGGGUUAAUCUCCUACAUGAUUCAUUUACUUCAUUUGAAUGUUAGAGCUACUCAUGAUUAUUUGUGUUUCUAAUUUAUAGUUUAAGUUUAUUUGUAAAAAGUUAAAAGAGAGUGGGUCUCUGUGGCUUUCACUGAUGUUCACUCUGGCAUCCUUUAGCAUUUUUCUUUUUUCAUUUCAUAAUUGUAGGUCAUUAGCAUGCAUAUCGAGUUUGCCCUUACGUGGUGGGAGUUCAAACACACAAAGACCCACUCUUUGCACAAAACUGUUCUCACUGGUUUGGAAUAGGCUCCCGUGCUUUUUUAAUGUUAUUGCAGCAUGUAUGUUCAUUACAGAAUUCAGAUAAAAUUUGCUAAUGUUCUGCUGUGAUGUUUGAUCUCAUCUUAAUCACAGUGAGCUCUUCAAUAGCUCAAUAUGCGGUUUGCCCUCAAGUGUACACUGUUUAUUACUUUGUAAUAUGCCACUAUGAGUACUGACAUUUAGAGCUGUUUAAAGGCCGAGAACUGGAAACAGCCUUUCCUCCAUUUUCUGUGUAUUGGUGAUGGGAGUGAUAACCUUUUGGGGGAGCUUUCUAAAUCUCACAGAAGAGGAAAGUGGCCUGCUCUGGCAGGUAUGUGCAGGAUACAGUGUGUUUCAUCUGUUCCGGUGCCAGGAAUUAGCACUGUACUGUGGCAGUUCCCUUUGGAUUUGUAUGUGCUCUGGGCUCAUGAAGAUAUUGCAUCGUGAGCUGCAGCAGUUGCACUCUUUUUCAAUGACCUAAAAAGGGCUUAUUUCCGAGGAAUGAAAGGCUGCCAUCAUUGGCUGUGGGUGUGGAAAACCUUUCCUAGCUUAGAGCAUUUGUAUCUAUAAUACAUUUUAAAGUCAGAGUUCGUGUUACCUGUUUUAAUCACAUGACUACCUGUCCCAGUACACGAAAGGGUGCUGGUUGGCAUUCUUCUUAAUGUAUUUAGUAAAGAUCAUAAGAAAUCCUUUAAGAGUUUAAAUGUCUCUGAAACAGGCAUAUAGGCUCUAGUCAAGAAUGAAUUAGAGUGAAGGAAAGCUGUGUGACACCUGGCAUUCCUCUCUGUUCAUGGAGCUGCUUUGAGGCUUAAGAUUGAUUUUACCAUCUAGACCUCUCUGGCUAAUACCUAUUCUUCAACCACCUCGGUUACUCUGACAUAGGAAUUUACUUAUUUUCCUUGAGUGGAAAACACUUUAGAAAAUAAUAACAAACAUUAUUAUAAACUAAUAUAUGUGAGAGUACUUAGUUGAAACAAAAAGGAAUUUUAGUAGACAGUAUUAUAUUAUCUUUGAAAAUCAAGGAGAAGUUUAUGCAACUUAAAAUGUUUACACACUGUGGUGCAAUCUACUGUUUGUGAAUGUCUGUAUUAUCAGGAAACAUGUCUAUACGAUCGCAGAGUUGUAUUUCCUCACAAACUUCUUUACGAAGAGUGAAAUAUGUUUUUGUACCUCUCAGUUUCAGUCAGGGACAUAUUUUGUGCAAUAUUUCUGUGAUUGUGCCUAUGCGUGAUGAAUGAAUGCAUUUCAGUCAUACAUUGCCUAAAUCAUAACUUGAUGAUGCUUGGGAAAGAAUCAACAGUUAAAACUUCAUGAAGUUCUAAUGUCUGUGUUCCAAAACACAUCACAUUAUUGGUUGUAGGGAGAUAUGUAUGUGUGCUCCCUGGGGUGGGGAGUUUUCUAGUUACUAGACCAUCUCCAUUUUUAGCACUUGGCAUCCUCAUGAUCCUUUUAUAAAUAUGAGAUUAACAGGAGAGCAGCAAUACGAUUUUGCCAAUGGAAUAACAGAUUUGCCAGCAUUCACUGAAAGAGGGCAGAUAUUGGGUCCUUGUAACUUCAACUGACUCUUCCAAAUUGUAUGAAUUUAUCAAUGUAUUACAUAAAUCCAGUUUCAGAAUGAUAAAAAAUGUUAGACCAAAUAAUGCGGCUAAUUAACAGUCAUAUGAUUUCUAGCCCGUGGGUUUAAAACUGUAUCUUAAAGAGUCAUUUUAAAAUAAUAUAAAUAUUAAAAAAUGUAACUGCUAUCUUAAUGUUCUGAAAUAAAACAUUUUAAAAUAUGAAUCCUGUAGUUUAAAAGGAAGAAAUGGUGGGAAGGAAAAGUAGAGAAAGAAAUGCCAAUUCCAGUCCAAAGCAGCUUUAUUUGCCAGGUUUUCUUAGAAUGAAUUUUACCAAUAUAUGAGUUCUUGUUAACAGAAUGUGUAAUGGAAAUACUGAAAGACUUUUGCCUAAAGUGGCAUUAUUGACUGCUGGUGUGGUGCUACUGUAAUGUAAUAAAUUUUUAAAUUGUUGCAAAGUGCUA